AUGCCCAAGCGCAGUGCCGCCGAGCACAGGAUGAGGCCAGUGACAAGUGGGAUGCGCGCAGCGGGGGGCAGUGCAGAACACACGCAUGGAGGUGCGCAAGGCGGGGAGCAGGACACGCAGUGCGGGGAGCAGGACACACACAACGGGAGGGCAUUGCCGUUUCAGGGUCUGCAGCUGGAGAGGGAGAUGUGUUUGGCGUCAAACUGCACCCUGGCCAGGGUGAACCUGUCUCUGCGCCCGCAGCUGGAGGACGGGAAGGCUUCCCUAGCCAUCAAGUACCAGGAGCUGCAGGAGAUACGAGAGACAUGUUGGGACAAGCAGCAGCGCCUGGAGGCAUACCUGGAGAAGUGGAGCCCUCAGAGCGCCCUGGAUCACCUCCAAGCCAAGCUUGAUGCUUCUGAGGCAGAGUCGGAGGCACAGAUAGAGCAGUUCCUGGCCCAGGACCUGCCCCUCGAUUCCUUUCUGGAGUCCUUCUGCCAGAGCCGCACACGGUCCCAUGUGUGCCGGACGCAGCUGGAGAAACUUCAGGAGCUGCUGCAGAAGGGCCAGGUGUCAGGGACCAUCUCCCAGCAGUUUGGCCUCGACCCCCAUGGUGAAGACUUAUGCCCCGUCUGGUGGUAG